AUUCAAAGUUCAACAGUUGUCGCGAACGGAAGCAUAAUAUAUUCGGAAUUCCUUUGUUGAAAAUUUGGUUGAUAUUUAAAUUGAGAUAGAGAGUCGUUAAUAAGCUUAAUUAUAAUUAGUAGAGUAAAACAGAAUCGAUCAUACGUUAAAUUUGCGAUUUCGUAAAUAGAAUGCAGCCCUUUUGUUGGGGCUUUGUCAGCGUUGUGCUCCUGAUUGCACUCACAAAUGCAGCUAUAAUUAGUUCAUUGAAUAAUAAUGGCGACCACAUUGAAUCUACUUAUCCCUUUGAUGUGCAAAGAACAAAACGUAGCGGCAGAGGCUACAUGCGCGGCCAAACUCAGUCACAGUACUUAAAUUUUGGCAAACCGGAAAUUGAUGGAAAAGCAGAGGCAGAAGCCAAUGAAAGUGGCUCAAGAUCAACUGUUUCUGGUACUCACGGUAUGGGACAAGCUCAAAGCCAAUUCUCAAUGGGCGACUGUAGUGAAUGUCCGGGAACGAUUUAUGAGUACCCACCGGGAUCUCCGGACCCAUUAACAUUAAGCGGAAGUGUUCUUCAGCCUCCACCGAGUGGACCUCUUGUUACUGGAGGCUUUCAGCCCGGUCAAGGUUACAUUAGUGGCAAACCUCAAGCAGUGACUGGACUUACUGGCGCGGUAGAAGGGCCAGGUACAAGAUUAAGACCCGGAAUUAGCCAGUUUGGGGAACACGGAAGAGGGACAAAGACUCCAGGCGAUCAACGACCUGGUCAAAUGACUGCUCCUGGAAAAUUACCCAGCUAUUACACUGAUUCGAUUCCCUCUUCUGAAAGUGAAGUCCCCAGUCUCCAACCAUCUAGAUAUACACCUGGAGUCCAACCGGGUGUAAGGGAGCAAGGACGAGAACAAACAGAUAGGCAACGUCCUGCAACAAUUCCACUAGAACAUUAUGGGCCUGGAAUUCCUGCGCAACCUUUUUCAAUUAGCGGACAACCGUCUGCACCAGGUUAUGGGGCCAGACAAGGCUUUAUGCAGCCUUCCGGUCCAGCUUAUGAAGCUGAUCAACGGUUUCCAUCAGAGCCGUCUGUAAGACCAAGUCCUGUAAGUAGUCGUCCUCAAGGGCCGCUAACUGUACAACCUAGCAGCAUUGCCAUUCAACCAGCGCAUCGAGGUCAGCAAAUACCACCACGUGGACCCAGUGAGCAACAAAGACCACCGUUUGGACCGGAAGUUGGACAGCAACCUUUAAUUUAUGGUCCUGGCUUUGGUCAGCCGAGUGGGCCCGCUGCUCUUCCUUCUACCACUGGAGCUGGAAUUUUCCAGCCUAGUAGACCGUCUGUUGGAAUUCCAUCUUUUGGAACAGAGCCAGACAGGCAUCGCCCUACUUAUGGUCCUGGUGUUGUUCAACCAGGCACACCUGGAGAAACCUUUUAUCGAACCCCUAGCGAGGUGACACAACGCGGUGGGCAAUCGCCAGACACGACUAUUGGACAUCCAACACCAGUAUAUAGACCUAGCUCUGGUCAAACAGCAGAUCAAUAUGGUGGCUUCGUUCCUGGACAUAUGCAACGGCCUGUGCUCGGAACAGUCGGUCAACCAGCUAUAUAUAUCCCAGGGGCUGGCAUGCAGCAGAUCGGUAUCGGCGAACAAACUGUUGGUCAAGUAGCCGUUAAACAACCACAUGUUAGCCAACCUGACAUCCCUCCUCAACCAGGGUCCGGUUUUUAUAGUCAGCAACCGGGGCCUCAAUCAAGAAUGGAUUAUAGACCGGGACCUCAACAGCUGACACAUCCAGGCACGCCGAGCUCAACUGCACUAAGGCCUACUGCUACAUUUGAUCAACCAGGCCAACAACCAGAUACAGGCUAUGAUCAUCGAGGAGGUUUUAAAGAUGCUAUAGAAGCAAAAGCGCAGUUCGGAAGUCAACCGGGUACAGCAGGAAUCCAACCUGAAAUUGGAAGACGUCCAGGAGCCGUAAUACAGCCACCAUUUGGAGUAGGAGUUCCGCAAGAUAUGGAUAGACGACCCCAAAGUGAAUUUAUGCCCUCAGGUCAACCAGGAAGUGUAUUUGCUCCCGCCGUUCAAACGGGAACAGCCUUCACUCAACCUGGAACAGGACUGUCUCAACCCGGCACUCGGUUUGUUCAGCCAGGAAGAGAAUUUAUUCCACAAGGUGCGGGAGUUUCUCAAGCAGGGGUAAAUCUUGCUCAACCAGGGGUAGGAGUUGGUCAACCAGGAGCAGGUUUUACUCAACAUGGACCUGGAGUUGAACCCGGGCGUGGAUUCGUUCAACCAGCACAUGCGCGUCAACCAAGCAUUGGGUAUCCACAACCCGAAUUUAGACAUCCAAGCAUUCAACCGGGCGUUCAGGCACCUACUGUUGGUGCAAUGCAACCCGGAGCAGGUUAUGGCACCACUACUCAACUUGAAAUUGACAAGCAGUCCGGUAUUAAACCUCAGUCUGGGGUUGGCUCGCAACCUUGGUCGUCAGUACAGCCAGGUUAUCCUUCAAGCUCCCAACAUGGAACUCAAGUUCACACAGGUAGUCAGCCUGUUACUGGAAUUCAACCCGGAAUCACGGUGCAGCCUGGAAUCAGCAUGCAACCGGGAACGGUCUUGCAACCAGGAACUGGUGUGCUGCCGGGAGUGCAGAUUCCGCCUGUAGCCGGGAUUCAGCCUGGAAUUAGUAUACAGCCUGGAAUUAGUGUGCAGCCUGAAAUCGGUGUGCAGCCUGGAAUAGGUAUGCAGCCUGGAAUCGGUGUGCAGCCUGGAAUCGGUAUACAGCCUGGACCCAGUAUUCCACCCAGUGUUAGGUACGAUCACAAACCCGCGGUCCCUCCUUAUGGAGUGCCAGACUAUGGACAUCAAAUCAAAACUUCAACUGAUUAUCUACCCCAAACCCCUAGUGUUGUUCAACCGGGUGCUGGAUAUGAUUUAUCACGAGGGGCUAUUGCACAUCCACCCAGCAGCAUUGUUAUGCAACCAGGUAGCGGUGGAGCACAACAAUUUGGCGGAUCUGAUGUCAGCUACGAUCAAAGAGGAACCGGAACAAUUUACAGUCCAUCAACUGGGUUGCAAACUGCAACAGGUGAAGGCUACGACCAAUCGGGUAGAGCUGGAAUCCAACCAAGUUCUGGUUACCGACCAAGCACACAAAUUGGAACUGUACCUACUUACGUUCAACCAAGUACUGGCCAUGGUCCCUCCUACGGCAUUGAAUCGCGUCCUAGUGCAAGUGGCACCAUUCCUUAUGGUUCGCCUUAUGUAACUCCGCCACAACAAUUGGUUUCAGCAGGAACAGACGAUGCAUUUUCGCAAGCAGAAUCCUCAAUUAAUAACGGCCAAGCAGUUGCAAGUGCUCAAGGAAAGAAAAAUGGAGGAACUGCAAAAACGCAAGUACAAGGAACAUACAGCUCAUCAGGCUCCUUUACAGCUAGCGCUAUGACGUCAGAUAACGACCGUUCCGCUAGCUCACAAGUUAGUGGUGGGUCUGAAGGUGCUAUGAGCCAAGCUCAAGGUCAAGGUGGCGUCGCCCAAUCUCAAGCACAAGUCCAAGUAAAUGAAAAAACUGGCGGUACUAAAUCGUCAUCGCAGAGUGGUGGCCUCAUACACCAAAGUCAAAGUGAGGUGCAAGCAAAUGACAAGGGUGGCUUGGCUGAUGCGCAGUCUAGUGGACCUGGUCAAACAAGUUCGCAAGCUCAGAUUGGUUUUCGUCCGGGUCAAGAUGGCGAAGUAGUUCAGUCUGCUGGAGGGGGGCAAGCUUCAGCUCAAUCUGGAACACAUUCUGGACAAAGUCAAUCUCAAAUUCAGGGACGAUCUAAAUUCGGCGUGUCUUAUCAUGGCGCAGCACAGUCCGCUUCGGGAACCAAAGAGCAAGUAGCCAGUUACCGGGAACAAAACCGUCACCUCUUUAACACCAUAAGUCAGUUUGGAGGCGCCGACGCAAUUACUGAUCGAGUUGAUACCAUGUAUAGUCCUACAGCAUUAGCAUCCGAAUCUGAUGCUAUUCCGGAUGUACAAUUGAAGACUUCAAAAACUAUCAAAAAAGUGUCCAAUAUAAAUAAGUUGGAUGAUGACGAUUCGAAUUUGGCUGAUGAUGAUGAUGAAGAGCCCUAUGAUGAAUAUGAUGACGAAGACGAAUACUACAAUGAGACUCCAAUUAAAAUGGAUUCAAAAUCAAAUAGUUUAACACAAAAGCAAAAAAACAUUGGUCACGACACGAAAAGCUCGCGACCCGACUCUGUUACGUCAUAUCGUACUCACACUCAAAAGACGCCGACACAAGUGCAGCAAACCGCUGUCGUCAAUUCAAAUAAAAAGUAUACUGUUGUCCAAAAUCAAAAUGGUCGGGUACAAACUUAUUCGUCACGCAGCACUACAGAGAGUGUGCCUAGCGGUUUCCGAGGUACUGUAAAUGUCGAAAAAAAAUAUCAUACCAAGGCACUCGGAUCACACAAAACCGAUGAAAAAGCAAACGCAACCAAUACGACGAUUGCUGAUGAAAAAUCUAUAACCAAACUGAGAACACCGGAUAGCUUUGUGACAGUUACAAAAUCAAUUACCGGAAGUUUAGAUAAUUCCAAAAAUCCACCACAAGACAAUAAAAAUUUCCAAUCAACGUAUUAUACAAAAUCAUCCACCUGUGGCUAUUUCACAUUUUCCUGUAAUAUUGUCUACGGUGCUAAUGGCCGUAGUAAAGUGUGUCGUCCAAAAGCUCCAACAAACGGCAAAUGUUAAUGAUUUGCUAUUUCAUUCAAUUCAUCCAAAAAACCAAUUCAAAAAUUAUUAAUAUUAAAAAAAAAUGGUUUAGCCUACCACUACUUUUAUAGCCAUUUUAUAUAAAAGCGUACUUGUCUACAUAUCUAUACGGUAAUAUGUGGUAAUGGGCAAAGUAAAAAACAUUACAAAACUUCGUUAUUUGAACGUUAAGUGAAAAUAUUGCAUUUAUUUUUAUUAUGUUUUAAAUUUCAUUAGAGAUCCUUUUGCAUUUAAUGAUAUAUGAAUUUCCUUUAUAUAGUGUAUUCAGUACUUUUUGUAAAAACAAUCCACUGCCCGAAGGAAUUGUCGAUCAAUGUAACGUUUAAUACUUACUAAUAAAAAACAACAAAACCAAUUAAAA